GUUUGUACUUGAACAUUUUAAAAGUGUUCAACAAAGCCUAGAUUCUCGGUUCUUCCUCGUAAACGUCUCAUGGAGUGUUUCUGUGGCUCAUUAGUUGUAUUUAGAGUCGCUGAGUUUGAGCGGCGCAUGUGUUUCUCUCUCAUCAGUGCGACAGCUGCACAGGGAAUUCCUGCGGGCCGGGUCAAAUGUCAUGCAGACGUUCACUUUCUACGCCAGCGACGACAAACUGGAGAACAGAGGGAACAAGCUGACUUUCACCGGCCAGCAGAUCAACGAGGCCGCCUGCGAUCUGGCCAGAGAAGUAGCCAAUGAGGGCGAUGCUCUGGUGGCCGGCGGAGUCUCGCAGACGCCCUCCUACCUCAGCUGCAAGAGCGAAGACGAGGUCAAGAAGAUCUUAAAGAAGCAGCUGGAUGUCUUCGUCAAGAAGAACGUGGACUUCCUGAUCGCCGAGUACUUCGAGCACGUGGAGGAG